CUGGCCACGAACAUCAGCCAACAAUCUCCAACUAUGUGAGAAUGCAUGUGAAAAGAGGCGCGCGAGCAUCACGUCAUAUGUUUGCAUGAUUCUCUGAAGAUGUCAGCUUCACGGAUGCGGCGACUGAUGAGUGUUUCUGUCGCAGACUCAAACAGACGAUGAUAGUUGACACUUGCUUCUCUCCAGAGAUCUACGGCUCUUGGUGACAGCUCUUCCCACUAUGGGGCACUCAUGAACGACCCAGGCGUCUGCUCGCUGCGGGCGGGAGUAUGUUGACUGCCUGUCAGCAUGACGCCGUUGGACUUGUGGCUGUCUCGCUCCAUCCCCAUGUGUCUGCUCCUACAGAGCCUGGUGCUCAUGGUCCUGUGCUUUCCGUCUGCCAGCACCUGCCCCAAGGGCUGCACUUGCCAGCGUUCCGAAAGCCCCCCUCACGGGCUCAACGUCACCUGUAGCCUGUCACGUUUGAAGGAGAUCCCACCUGAUGUCCCACCAGACACUCAACUGUUACAACUAGACAGAAAUCAUAUAUCGCUGGUGCCUGAUCGCAUCUUCCACGGCUUGAGGAUGCUCCGGAGGCUUAAUCUAUCCCAUAAUGCAGUGGAGACACUCGGGGAGGGGGCAUUUAUCGGUUUGGAGGGAUCUCUUGAAGUGUUGGACCUGUCCCACAACCGCAUUACUAGCGUGCACAAGGAUGCAUUUGCACGCUUAAAGGCGCGUGUGAUUGUGGACAAUAACCCUUGGCACUGUGACUGCGCCCUUCAGCAGGCACUUGGUGGCAUGGCGCACAAUCACGAGGCUGCCACACGUGUAUUGUGCCGUAGUUCGGAGCUUAGGGACCAGGAGGGCCAGCCGUUUCUUGCAGUGGAUGCGGACUUGUGCAACCUUGCGAAGCGGACCACCGACUACGCAAUGUUGGUGACCAUGUUCGGCUGGUUUGCUAUGGUUAUUUCAUACGUUGUUUACUAUGUACGGCAGAACCAGGAGGAUGCAAGACGGCACCUUGAGUACCUGAAAUCACUUCCGAGCAAACCCAAGAAACCGGAUGAACCAGAGGACAUCAGCACGGUUGUGUGAUGUUGCAAAGUAAGGGGACUGUCAAACUGAUUGUCGUUUAGGGCGACCAACCAAGUUACAAUUCCAGAGACUAAUUCUAGGAUGUUGAUAAAUUGACACAAAUCGUAAAUGUCGUCUAACGCACUACACCUGUCUUCUCUUUUUCCAAUGUGCUUUCCAGUUUCUGAGUAUGUAUUUAGAACACUUUGUGAUACACUUCCAACCCUGUGUCCUUUUGAGUAAGUCUAGUUGGCAUAAAAACAAUCGCAAAGUUGUCCUUUAAAAGUGGUUAAUACCCACCGUUCGUGUGAGAACCUUUCUUCAGGCAUAUUGACAUGUAAUUUUCUAUUUAACUGUUCAGUUGAAACUGUUAACUAUCAAGCAAGACACAUCAUAAAGAGCGCCAAUUGCGCUAAUGACCAGUACAGGUAUUUUGAGAAAUUACAUCUCAGGUGCAAAUGUUGAUAGACUCCAAUAAUUUGUAAAAACCCUACAAAUGUUUUGAUGCCAUAAAGUUUUGUAAGACAAAUAUUAAUCACGGCAUGUCAAAAAUGCACAUUAGCUUUGCGCACCAAUCAUCUUACGACCUUUAAAACAACGUAAUAGACCCUUUAUUAGCGAAAUAAUCUAAAACAAAUUGCUACAGGUUUGAUGCGGGACAUUUUUUCCAACAUUCAAAAACUACUAUUGUGAUCCUGUGCAUUUUUAUAUGAUUUCCGAAAUCUUCAUUAAAUUGUGAUCAUUGAAUCGUAGAGCACAACAGUGCUGAUGUGGUGCGUGUCACGUGAUUCUCGGAACAGUAGUUGAGGAAUGUAGUCAAUACCUCCACCCGAGUCUUUUGUCGGUGACGUUACUUGUGAGGCUCUUUGUCUAUGUUGUACCUCACUAUGCAUAAAAAGGCUUGCUAGCCCUGUGCUAGUCAUUUAUCAUGUAAUCUACGAGAUGGUUUCAGUGACUGAUGUGUAUUCAUGACCAAAAUUAACAUUAAGCAUUAAGUUCCACCCCUGGAACCAAACAGGCUCAACUUUUGACAUCUGCAAUGCCUCUCGAAUUAAGAGGUAAAUUAUGUAAUCAAACCAGUUGAGGGCUGUCGACUUCCCCCAGUGCUGUGAGCAGUUGCAGCAGUGCUGCCAGCACUCACUGAUUUUAUUGUAUGUGUACAGUAAUGUGCCAGGCUAGCUGUGAGCAGAAAAUUACAGCUGUCACUCUGUUCCUGCCCACAAUCUUAAAGCUGGCAGCCGAGUCCAGCAAAGCAAAGCCCCAGGAGGACCAGAGGAGAGACGGCAGGAGAAGAGAGAGGAAAUGAAAAACAGGACAUUGGUUUAGCUCAAUCUGCAUGGAAAGGAAAUCAGGGUCCUUACAAAAAGUAGUGUGGUGGUACCAUGGUAUAGAAAUGGUUUCAGAUAGCAAUACCAUGGCACUGAAUGGUUUUUAUAUACCUUGGUAUUGACUUGGUUAUUCAAGGUGCUUCAAAGAAUGCCAUAGUAUUAACAUGGUACAUGCAAAAAAACAUGGUAUUAUAAUGGUAAACUUGGAUAUAACCAUAUAUUCAGUUGUAAACUGUUGUACCAUUACGAUGGUACAUGUUUAAAAUACCAUGUUAAUUCCAUGGUACCAUGCCCCCCCCCCAAAUUUUCUUUUUUUAGUUAGUGUCACUUCAUCAUUUGUGUUUAAUCAAAUGCAUUUUUACAGAGCCUUUUUAACGAUAAUUAAUUUCUAAGGUUGGUGUAGUAGUAAUUAUGACUUAAUUAUGACAGAUAUAACAUUGGUUCAUCAGAAACAUUAGGAAAACCUUAGGGGAACAUUUAAAAGAUGCUUCAGAGUCGACACAGCUUGUCAUUUGCAUAGGAAGGUACCUGAAAUCCCUUUAAAGAAUUGUGUUUGAAUGUACUUAUAUAGUCUGUUGCCUUGUCUAACUGCGCUUGUUCUACACGUUUUAUUGUGCUGCAGACGAAAGAGCUGUUUACAAUUCUGAAUCCACAGAAAGACACGCUGUAGCCAAGGACACGGGGAGAGAUUUUUAAGUGCCUGAAAUACUCGUCUAUCAGUCUCUCAUUCUUCCAGAUACCAGUAAAUUUGCUUUGAAACAUUUCAUUUAGUCUUGCCUAACUCACGUCUACCGGCCCUGAAACAGGACACGACUUUAUUGCACAAAGAUAAAGGACAAACUGUUGAAGAUAGUAUUGGAAAAAUUUUUGUUUUGUGUUUAAAGUGACACUGAUAUGUGAGGUUGCUAUUACUGUAGUCCUAACGGCCUUUCACAUGAGUCACAUCAAGGCUUAAACGUACCUUUCGAUACAAGCGUCAAUCACCGCUUUGACCUCCACAUUAAAACUGUUGUAGAAGGCUUCACGGAAGGGCAGUUUUCAGUAACAAAGGAUGGAAUGUACGCAAUAGUGAAAAUAGUCAAAGCAAAUGAUUAUCAUGUUAUCAUGUAGGUUACUUGGCUGGAAACUUGUCGCCUGGUUUGGACACAGUAUAACAUUUCUGAUAGAUGCUUUGCUCCAUAAAGUUCAGAGCACUGUAAUGUUGAUGCGAAUCAUGUUAAUGGGUCUUUCUGGAAAGUAAAGUGUAGGGCAAAGUUGCGGCAUGUGUUUCUCAUGUUAUUUAUGUUUGUAUGUUUUUUAGGUAAUUCCUUUAUUUUUGUGUGCAAUUUUUUGGCUUGGAAAACAUGAAACUUUCAAAAAAUUUACUUAUUGUGAAGAUGUAAAACUGGGUGGCAACUAAUGGUACAUCACAUUGUAAAAGCAUGAUGUAGAGAAAAUGAAAUAAAAGAUUCAUGCACACUGUU